AUACUUCAAGAAGUGUAAAGGCAUCUCCAGAAACAGCUGAAAUCUUUUUUCAGAAGUUAAGAAAUAAAUAUGAAUUCACAAUCCUGGUGACCUUAAAACAAGCCCAUUUGAAUUCAGGGGUUAUUCUCUCUAUUCAUCAUUUAGAUCACAGGUACCUGGAGCUGGAAAGCAGCGGUCAUCGAAAUGAAAUCAGGUUGCAUUAUCGUUCAGGCAGUCAUCGCUCCCACACAGAAGUAUUCCCAUACAUUUUGGCAGAUGAUAAAUGGCACAAGCUUUCCCUAGCGAUCAGUGCCUCUCACUUGAUUUUACAUGUGGACUGCAAUAGAAUUUAUGAAAGAGUUGUGGAGAAGCCCUUCAUGGACUUACCUUUAGGUACAACCUUUUGGCUGGGACAGAGGAAUAAUGCACAUGGUUAUUUUAAGGGUAUAAUGCAAGAUGUGCAAUUACUUGUCAUGCCUCAAGGAUUUAUUUCUCAAUGCCCAGAUCUUAAUCGCACAUGCCCAACUUGUAAUGACUUCCAUGGACUUGUGCAGAAAAUUAUGGAACUACAAGACAUUUUAGCGAAAACAUCAGCUAAGUUGUCCCAAGCUGAGCAGAGGAUGAACAAGUUGGAUCAGUGCUACUGUGAAAGGACUUGCACAAUGAAAGGCACAACUUACAGAGAGUUUGAAUCCUGGACGGAUGGCUGUAAGAACUGCACUUGCAUGAAUGGUACUGUGCAAUGUGAGGCUUUGAUUUGUCCCCUCUCUGACUGCCCGCUUAACUCCGCCCUGACGUAUGUGGAUGGCAAGUGCUGCAAAGAAUGUCAAUCGGUGUGUAUAUUUGAAGGCAGAACUUACUUUGAAGGACAAAGAGAAACGGUGUAUUCCAGCUCAGGGGACUGUGUUCUGUUUGAGUGCAAGGACCACAAAAUGCAGCGUAUUCCAAAAGACAGUUGUACAGCUUUGAACUGCCCAGAAUCUCAACAGAUCCCUUUAUCUCACAGUUGCUGCAAAAUCUGUAAAGGCCAUGACUUUUGCACUGAAGGGCAUAACUGUAUGGAGCAUUCUGUCUGCCGAAACCUAGAUGACAGAGCUGUCUGUAGCUGCAGAGAUGGCUUCCGAGCCCUUCGAGAGGACAAUGCCUACUGUGAAGAUAUCGAUGAGUGCGCUGAAGGACGGCACUACUGUCGUGAGAACACCAUGUGCGUAAAUACACCAGGAUCCUUUAUGUGCAUCUGCAAAACAGGAUAUAUACGCAUCGAUGAUUAUUCAUGUACAG